GUGUUAGAGUGGCGGGGGCGGGGCGGAGCGGAGUAGUGGGGAUCGUUCGGCGUCAGGCUGGAGACAGCAGGAGGGAAAGACGCUGUGUGAUGAGUUUGUCAAGAAGGAAGGAAUCAGAGAGGAAACCGCCGGUUUACGUUCACUGUAUCCGCCUUGGAAAAUGCACUCACGGUGCGCAUGCGCAAAAUCAAGACCAGGAUUGGCUUGUAAAACGGUCUUAACAUUUUGGUCCAACCAAUACAGAUGCACCAGGGUUGGGAGCUGGCUCUCACUGGACGGCGCUGAGUCUGCGCGCGCAUUUCGCCUCGCCCCGGCCAACCCCGGGUCGUUAGCGUGUCCGCUAUGGGGUCCGGGCUGAUCGGGCACCUGGCCCCGCGCCUGGGCCUCGCGGAGCCUGGCGUGCUGAGGAAAGCAGAGGAGUACUUACGACUGUCUCAGGUGAAGUGUAUUGGCCUGUCUGCACACACUACAGAAACCAGCAGUGCAGUCAUGUGCCUGGACCUUGCCGCCUCCUCUAUGAAGUGCCCCUUGGACAGGGCUUAUUUAAUUAAACUUUCUGGUUUGAACAAGAAGACAUAUCACAGCUGUCUUAAAUCUUUUGAGUGUUUACUGGGCCUGGAUUCAAAUAUUGGAAUAAGAGACCUAGCCAUACAGUUUAGCUGUACAGAAGCAGUGAACAUGGCUUCAAAGUUACUGCAAAGCUAUGAGUCCAGUCUUCCCCAGACACAGCAAGUAGAUCUUGACUUAUCCAGACCACUUUUCACCACCGCUGCACUACUUUCAGCAUGCAAGAUUCUAAAGCUGAAAGUGGAUAAAAACAAAAUGGUAGCCACAUCUGGUGUUAAAAAAGCCAUAUUCGAUCGACUGUAUAAACAAUUAGAGAAGAUUGGACAGCAGAUUAACAGAGAACCUAGUGAUUCAGCUACUCCACCACGAAAAAAAAAGAAGACAGUGAUUGAACCCCCAGCAAAGGAAAUAGAGGAAGUAAUAGAGAUGCCACAUAAACUGCAGAAAGAUGAAGAUCUGACACAGGAUUAUGAAGAAUGGAAAAGAAAAAUUUUGGAAAAUGCUGCUAAUGUUCAAAAGGCUACAGCAGAGUGAUUUCAGCUUCCAGUCUGGCAUGUGAUGCAAACUAAAGUACAGUGCCACCUCCAGGAAGAUUUGAGCGCUUUGGAAUUUUGUUUGAACUUUUAUAACAAGGAUCCUAAGACUGUUGCCUUCAUAACAAAGAAAGCAGCACUGGGGCUAAGUUCUGGGCAGGCUGGCCCUGAUGUGGGCAACAUUAGAUCAACUACAGUGCCUGACUGGAAUAGCCUUAUGUGCUCCUACAGAAAUGGAAUCGGAGCCAUUUUGCUUUGUUUUGUGUUGAGUGAACGGCAGUCUCCUGUCCUAUCCAGAACAUAAAAUUCAGGCUAAAUGGAACCUUACAGAUUUACUUAAGUUUUUGUGUUAAGUUUUUUGGUUUGACUAAAUCAAUAUGUUAUACAGCCUAAGUUAAUAAAUGUUAUUUUUAUAUGCAU